CGGGAGAGAGGGGCGCGCGCUCCAAGCGAGCGUCGCCGCUCUGAACCGGUCGAAGGAGGCAAUUUUGCGGGUGGGGGAGGGAGGGGAGACCUUGAUUUCCACCAAUCCCCGGGCGUGUGUCUGCGAAGUCCGGGACGCAGCGGAAGGCUGCGGCGCGCCGCUGAAUUAACUGAUGAGAGCGAGUUCUUUUCUUCUCCGGGAGGAGUGGGGAGCGAGGGUCUUGGCAAGCGAGACGGAGAAGCCCGGGGCAGGAUAGCGGUCCCGGGCCGCCGUGGAAAUUUCCAAGGACUUGGCGCGGCGCGGAGAGCGCGUCUGGGGGGUGCCUGGCGGCGCAGCGGCGCGCGAGGCGGGGAGAGGCGGCGAAGGGCGCAGGAGCAUCUCUCAGAGGGGGACGCCGCCGACCAAAUGUCCAGGAGGGAGCCGAGCAUCUCCCCGGACCCAGGCCGAGGGCGACCGUGAUGCUGCAGAACUGGAGGGAGCGACUCGCCACCGCCGCUCUCUGCACUCUCGGAGACCCCAGCGCCCGCCUUCUGCAGGGGAAGCGACCAUGGCCAUAGCUCGUGACUUGCCCCCCCGGCCACUUCCCCUAGAAAGAAAUCCUUGAAAAAGUUGCAUUAAAAAAAAAAUCCUUGCUCUGACCUUUGGGGCCGUGGGGGCCGAAGAAGUGUGCGUGCGGGUGCAAACAAGAAAUCGAAAGGUGUGUGUGCAUGGGGGGCCGGCGGUGGGGGGACUUUCCGCUGCUACUUCGCCGAGCGUUGUGCUGAGGCUCUGGCCCUCGCCCCCGGGACCCCGGGGCUGCAAUGAGCCCCUGCGGGCGGGCCCGGCGCCACACGUCCAGAGGGGCCAUGGCAGUACUGGCGUGGAAGUUCCCGCGGACCCGGCUGCCGGUGGGAGCCAGUGCCCUCUGCGUCGUGGUCCUCUGUUGGCUCUACAUCUUCCCCGUCUACCGGCUGCCCAACGAGAAGGAGAUCGUGCAGGGGGUGCUGCAACAGGGCACGGCGUGGAGGAGGAACCAGACGGCAGCCAGAGUCUUCAGGAAACAGAUGGAAGACUGCUGUGACCCCGCCCAUCUCUUUGCUAUGACUAAAAUGAAUUCCCCCAUGGGGAAGAGCAUGUGGUAUGAUGGGGAGUUUUUAUACUCAUUCACCAUUGACAAUUCAACUUAUUCUCUCUUCCCCCAGGCAACCCCAUUCCAGCUGCCCUUGAAGAAAUGUGCGGUGGUGGGAAAUGGUGGGAUUCUGAAGAAGAGUGGCUGUGGCCGUCAAAUAGAUGAAGCAAAUUUUGUCAUGCGAUGCAAUCUUCCUCCUUUGUCAAGUGAAUACACUAGAGAUGUUGGAUCCAAAAGUCACUUAGUGACAGCUAACCCCAGCAUAAUUCGGCAAAGGUUUCAGAACUUGCUGUGGUCCAGAAAGACAUUUGUGGACAACAUGAAAAUCUAUAACCACAGUUACAUCUACAUGCCUGCCUUUUCUAUGAAGACAGGAACAGAGCCAUCCCUCCGGGUUUAUUAUACACUGUCAGAUGUCGGUGCCAAUCAAACAGUGCUCUUUGCGAACCCCAACUUUCUGCGUAGCAUUGGGAAGUUCUGGAAAAGUAGGGGAAUCCAUGCCAAGCGCUUGUCCACAGGACUCUUUCUGGUGAGCGCAGCACUGGGCCUCUGUGAAGAGGUGGCCCUCUAUGGCUUCUGGCCCUUCUCUGUAAAUAUGCAUGAGCAGCCCAUCAGCCACCACUACUACGACAACGUCUUGCCCUUUUCUGGCUUCCAUGCCAUGCCGGAGGAAUUUCUCCAACUCUGGUAUCUUCAUAAAAUCGGUGCACUGAGAAUGCAGCUAGACCCGUGUGAGGAUCCCUCACUCCAGCCCACUUCCUAGGGACAAUGGAAAAGAAAGAACUGAGCCAGGGUAUUUUUGUUAGGUUUUCUACGUGACUCCAAAAGGAAAUGGUCAAGUUGUUUCAUGGAUUUGCGCGGGCCACUUGGGAAGAAAAAAAAAAAAACAAGGGAAACUCUACUUUAAUUGUUGGCUUGGAGAACAAAUAAGAAAUGAAACGUCCUAUGAAAUAUUUUUAGCACAUUGUGGAUUUGCAACUAGUAACAUGCUGAUUAAAAGAUCUUGGUAAAGCACAUGUACAUGGUUCAAAUCUAGAACAUGCAGUUCAAAAUAAGAUGGAACUCUAGUUAUUGAAGAUGAGGAACUAAUCAAAGUAGGAUAAGGAAAUGCCAGGGCAAAAGUAUUAGUGAUUAUCAACACAGAAUGGCUUAAUUGGAAAACAAGUCUUACUAAGACUGACAUUAGAACCACAGCUUUUAAAAAAAUUAUUAUUUAUUUUUGCCCUAUUUAGGGGCAGUGAAUGGUUGAUGGGGUAGAUUUAAAAAAUCUCUUACUGAGUAAUAAGGAUAUAAAACACUACAGCUGAU